CCGCCGCCUUGACACCAGCUCUGAGCUCGAGCAGCAGCUCUCGCGGCGGUCAUCGAUGGACCACGGACCGCGCCUCUGUCCUAACCGUGAGGGGAGGACGCAUCGUACCAAACCCUAUGAGAGGUCCUCUCAAAGGUGCCCAAAGCUGCUGCUGUGUCAUGGAAAGUCAAGUAUAUUUAUUACGCAACUUACAUAGCUAACACUGGGGUCUUACCAGGACAGCUCAGCUAAAAAUGACCCAAAGAAAUGGAGUGGGUGGGGUCCGAGAGCGCCACCUACAGACUGAAGAGUGUCCCAGAGGUUUGGAGACAGACAAGCAUCAAGGGGCUAAUAGCCUUGGGGAAGAGGAACCAGCGACUGAGCAUCAACAAGCCCACGCUGCUGCAGCUGUAACCGGAGAUGCAGCUCCUGAUGGGGGGUGGGGUUGGGUGGUUCUGGCUGCUACCAUCCUGGUACUGGCCUUAACCCUCGCCUUCCCAGCCUGCGUAGGGAUCUUUUACACUGACCUGCAGAUGGACUUCCAUGCAACUAACAGCGAAACGUCCUGGGUCCCCUCCAUCAUGACGUCAGUGCUGCAUGCAGGAGGGCCGUUUUGCAGUGUGUUGGUGGAGAGAUUGGGUUGCCGGGCGACAGUGAUGUUGGGCGGAGUUCUGAGCGGAGUGGGAAUGGCCGCCAGUUCAUUUACUCAGUCCAUCAUUGAGCUGUACAUCACCGCAGGGGUCAUUACAGGUUUGGGGUUCUGCUUUAGCUUCCAGCCCGCUGUCACUAUCCUGGGACAUUACUUUGUCCGCCGCCGCGCUUUUGCCAAUGCCAUGUCCUCCACAGGCACUGCCCUGGGCCUCUGCAUCCUCCCUGUUCUGGGCAACUACCUCCACAUUGAGUAUGGCUGGAGGGGCAGCUUCUUGGUUUUGGGGGCUGUUCUGUUCAACUGCUGCGCUUGUGGGGCUGUGAUGAGACCUCUCAAGUCCCAGAGGCCAAGAGGACCACCCCUUAUAAACCAUCAGGCAUCUUUGUCCCAAGAGGAGAAAGACCAGAAUACCAAAGGGUUUUUAAAGACAGCAUCAAACUAUUUGUUGUCUGCACUUAAAAAACAUAUGGCUUUUGACCAGUUUUGCAACAACCCAAAAUACUGCGUCUACUCAAUAGGAAUUACAUGGAUGAUGCUGGGGUUUGUCGUACCCUUGAUCUAUCUGGUUCCCUAUGCCACUGCUCACGACAUGGAACCAAGCCAAGCUGCAAUGCUCCUCUCCAUCCUAGGUGUAGUUAACAUUGUAAUACGGCCUCCAAUUGGUCUAAUCUUCAGCAUGCCAUGGUUCAAAGGUCGGCAUAUUUACGUAUUCGCCUCUGCACUGCUCGUCAAUGGGUUAAGUAAUAAUAUUUGCUGCAUCGGAGCGACUUUUCCCAUCCUGGUGUCUUAUGUGGUCAUCUAUGGGCUGUCUAUGAGCCUAGUAGGAUCCUUGAUGUUUACUGUGCUGAUGGAUAUAGUUGAAAUGAGCAGGUUCCCCUCUGCUCUGGGACUCCUGGCUAUCAUGGAAAGCGUCACACUCCUUAUCGGACCUCCACUAGCUGGGAUUUUGGUGGACAGUUCGGGCCAGUACUCCCCUGUCUUCUACGCCUGCAGUGCCGUUGUUGCCUCUUCUGCCGUUUUUCUCAUGGCAUCAUUUUACUACCUGGACAAAAGGGAGAAAAAACAGCCUUCACUGCCGGAUCCAGCUACUUACACUGAUGAAAUAGCUGUGUGUCCAUACAGAGAUGAACCCAAAGAAGACCAACCCAAGGCUUCAGCUAACAGGGCAGAGCACAUGACUGACGUGUGAAUUAGUGAUUAUUGGAGGAGUGAAAGUAUAGGCGAUAUGACAAUAUAAAAUCUAAUUAUGAUUUAUCUCCCAAUUAGUGAUUUAGUGCUUCUCUCUCAAUUCAACUCUAUGCUCAAACACAGACAAAUACUUUCCACCACCUUCUCCUCCUAUUGGUCAACUGCUGUCAUGCUCUGAGUAGGGCUGCAAGAUUUCUAGUGACUGAAUCGAAAUCGCAAUUUGAAUGGAUGCAAUAAUCAAAUCACAAAGACUGUUUUUUUUAAAGUACCAUAAUUUGCUUCAUAAACAAAAAAACAAAAAAAAAUCCAGUUUUAUUCUGCAUAAAAUCUGCUAAUCUGUACAAAGAUGUUAUAAAAUGUGAUUCUUGCUUUAGUGUGUUAGUUCAUAUAUCAAUAUUUUAUCCUGGCUGUGAAGUGUGAAAUGUGAACAGAAUCCUACUAUUAAAACACAAAUUAAAUCUAAUCAAAAUUCUGCAGCUUGUCUGAAAAAGCUCAAUUAGAUAUUUCUUCCAAAUCGUGCAGCCCUAGGUCUGAGUGAAUGACAGGUGAGUUUAAGUAAUGACAGUGAAGUAUGAAGUCUCAUUCAUUGACUCAUUGGAAAUUGUCAUCUGAAUUAUCCAUAUCACCUGACGCUUAUUUGAGACUGAGUUUAUAUUGAUGACAAGUAUAAGCUAUCCCCGUAAAGAACCAGUCACUAUUCACCCCCAUUUGAUGACCAAGCCUGGUCCUUAUUAACUGCAAUAUGUUUUCAUUUAUCUUUAUUUAUACAGGGAGAGCCCAAUGAGAGCACUCAGACUCUUCAUUUAAUUGAUGCCCUGUUUAAAUACAGAAAAAUACAAACAAAAAUCUAACAAAACAAAUAACAAAUAAACAAAAACAAAACAAAACAAAAAACAAAAAAAACCCAAAAACAAAUAAUAAGUCAAUUUAAAAUAUUAAACAAGCAUGAAA